UGGGGUUCAUUAGCGUCUUUUUGGUGCACCAAGCAUUCGGCUCCUUUUAGAAUCUGUCCUUUGACAUUUUGAACCAGCUCAUCAAAGACCAGCUCUACCUUAUCAUUGCGACUUUUGACUUUGACCAUAUAAAUUUAAUUCGACAUUCGAGCUUUCACAACUUUCUUUUGAAUCCUUUUCACAUAAAUCAUCACACUUCUUUCUUCACAAUGUCAUCCCCAAGAUCGGCAUCCCCAGUCAACAGCCCGGUAGCGGCGGUAUCGGGUAGACCUUCUAGCCCAACUCCUCCUGGAGGCCCAAAGACAGCAAUCAGAAGACGUGCGGCGGCAGAUCAAAAGGACAAGGUUGCAAAUGCGAGGCCGAGCAGUACCAGAGCGGCAGGUGCCGGGGGAAGUUCGAGUACUAUGUUGAGACUUUACACCGAUGAAUCUCCAGGAUUGAAGGUCGACCCUGUUGUCGUCUUGGUUCUUUCCCUCGUUUUCAUCUUCAGUGUUGUUGCCCUCCACAUCAUCGCAAAGGUUACACGCAAAUUCUCUUCUUAAAUUCGGUCUUUACAAUGUUGGAGCAGAGGAUAUGAGGGCGCGGUCGAGGGUCUUUGGCUGGAGAAGCGUCAAAAUGGUGCUUGGGAAUUCUUACGCUGGGUGAUGUGGAGUGGAGCAUAUAUGGUGCUCUUGUAUUAUAAGCAAUCUUUCAGGGGAUCAAAAGAAUUGAUGAACAUUUACUUUCGGGCUCUACGAUCAGCUUGUGAUUCUAUGGAUUGUGGAUAUUGUCUAGUUAUGGUAUAAUGGAGGAGAUUUAACGCGGACAAUUGACAAUCAUUCUGAGUGAUUCAAAACUCGUCACUG